AUGGCGCCGUUGAUGCAUUCAGAUUCGUCGAUAGAAGGCGUCAUUCCUGGCGUCGACAGUCAUCGUGAGAAUGCGGUAUCUAGUCGCAAGAAGAUUGUCAUUGUUGGGCUUGGAAUGGUCGCUAUUUCGUUCAUUGAGAAAAUCAUGAAAUGGGAUGCCGAGCGACGACAAUACGAUAUAGUAGUGAUUGGUGAAGAAUCGCAUCUUGCAUAUAACAGGGUCGGGUUGUCGACUUUCUUCGAACACCGCAAAAUCGAGGACUUGUAUUUGAAUUCACAAGAAUGGUACUCUUCCUUCACAGAUGGAUCAUUCAAUUAUCACUUAAACACACUUGUGACGGAGAUCGAUCCAACGAGAAAACAAGUACAUACAUCAGCCGGAGACUGGAUAUCCUACGACCUGCUCGUGCUUGCAACCGGUUCCGAUGCCGUGCUUCCAGAGUCGACACCUGGCCACGACGCCAAGGGGAUAUUUGUAUACAGAACAAUCGAUGAUUUGGAACGAUUAAUCGAAUUCGCAUCUCAUCACAAAGGCGAAACCGGUGUCACGGUUGGCGGUGGUCUGCUCGGUCUUGAAGCAGCCAAGGCAAUGACAGAUCUGCAGGAUUUUGGUAGCGUCAAGCUUGUUGAUAGGAACAAAUAUGUCCUUGCACGACAGCUAGAUGCCGACGCUGGGUCAUUGGUAACCGAGAAGAUUCGGGAAUUGGGCUUGGAUGUCAUGCACCAGAAGAGAGUUGCGCGCAUAGAAACGGAUGAGGGGAACAAUGUUACUGGUAUCACGUUUGCAGAUGGCGAAAGAAUUGAUUGCUGCUGUAUCUGUUUUGCAAUCGGAGUCAGACCACGAGAUGAAUUGGGUGCCAAAGCCGGCAUUGAAUGUGCUCCUCGCGGAGGAUUUGUCAUAAAUGAGAGCCUUGAAACCUCUAUAUCGGAUAUCUACGCCAUCGGAGAGUGCGCCAGUUGGGAGAACCAAACAUUCGGUAUCAUCGCCCCCGGAAUCGAAAUGGCAGACGUACUUUCCUAUAACCUCACACAUCGAGGCGAAGAUCCAAAGGGAUUCCAGCGUCCGGACCUGAGCACAAAGCUGAAAUUGCUUGGCGUCGACGUAGCCAGUUUUGGCGAUUUCUUUGCGGACAGAGACGGGCCCAAAUUCUUGCCUGGCCGACGAGCUUCAACUGAACGAAUCAGACCGUUUGAGAUGUCAGAACAACGGAAAAUCUCUACCAAUAAAGUCAAGGCGUUGACGUACAAGGACCCUUUUGGUGCUGUCUAUAAGAAAUAUCUCUUUACGAUGGAUGGAAAAUACCUGUUGGGUGGUAUGAUGAUUGGCGACACUAAGGAUUACAUCAAAUUGAACCAAAUGGUAAAGUCUCAGAAGGAGCUGGACGUUCCUCCCAGUCAAUUUAUUUUGGGCUCGCAGAGUGGUGGAGAGGAGAAUGCCGACGAUCUGCCCGACGAUACCCAAAUUUGCUCUUGUCACAAUGUCACCAAAGGUGAUGUUGUGGAAAGUAUUAAAAAUGGCACUUGCUCGACAAUCGCACAGGUCAAGUCUUGCACCAAAGCUGGAACCGGGUGUGGAGGCUGUAUGCCCCUAGUUCAGUCUAUAUUCAACAAAACCAUGCUUGAAAUGGGGCAGGAGGUUUCCAACCACCUAUGCUCCCACAUCCCCUGCUCCCGCGCAGACUUGUAUAACAUUGUGGCCAUCAAGCAAUUAAAAACUUUCGAAGAAGUCAUGAAAGCAUGCGCAAAAAACCCAAACUCACUUGGCUGUGAACUCUGCAAACCAGCCAUUGGUUCCAUCUUGUCCAGUCUCUACAACCCUCACUUAAUGGACAAACCUGUCCACGAACUUCAAGACACAAACGAUAGGUUCUUGGCAAACAUUCAACGGAACGGAACGUUUUCUGUUGUCCCCCGUGUCUCUGGGGGUGAAAUCACUCCCGACAAACUCAUCACUAUCGGCCAAGUUGCGAAGAAAUAUGGCCUUUACUGUAAGAUUACUGGUGGGCAGCGAAUUGAUAUGUUUGGUGCAAAGAAGCAGGAUCUUCUUGCUAUAUGGACUGAGUUGGUAGAGGGUGGUAUGGAAAGUGGUCAUGCUUAUGCCAAAUCAUUGCGAACAGUCAAGAGUUGUGUGGGAACUACUUGGUGCCGAUUCGGCGUCGGUGACAGUGUCGGUAUGGCUAUACGACUUGAGGAACGAUACAAGAGUAUUCGCGGGCCUCACAAAUUCAAGGGUGGUGUGUCUGGUUGCGUGAGAGAAUGCGCCGAGGCACAAAGCAAAGACUUCGGCCUGAUUGCUACCGACAAAGGCUUCAACAUCUUUGUUGGCGGUAACGGAGGUGCUAAACCGAGACACGCCGAACUUCUAGCCAAAGACGUACCUCCCGAAGAAGUAGUUCCAAUCCUCGACCGUUUCCUCAUCUUUUACAUUCGCACCGCCGACAAACUACAGCGUACAGCGCGAUGGAUUGAGAAUCUCCCCGGAGGUCUCAAGUAUUUACAAGAAGUAAUUCUAGAGGACAAGCUCGGUAUCUGUGCAGAUAUGGAGCGACAAAUGGAAGAACUCGUCGGCAGCUUUUUCUGUGAAUGGACAGAGACCAUCAAUAACCCUGAAAGACGAAAAUACUUUGAACAAUUUGGCAACACCGAGGAGACUAUUGAGACGAUUGAAGUUGUUAAGGAGCGUCACCAGAGCAGACCUGCAUACUGGCCCAAGGACGGCGCAAAUGAAGACUUCCGGGGUCAUCAGUGGUCCAGCCUAUCGUGGCAACCAAUCAUCCAAGCCAGCCAUUUCAGCGACUCCAAACCAGAAGUAUCAUCUACCAAUGUCAAGCGGGGUGAUACACAACUGGCAAUCUUCAAGAUCAAGGGCAAAUACUACGCCACCCAACAAAUGUGUCCUCACAAACGCGCAUUUGUGCUUUCUGACGGCCUGAUCGGUGACGACGACGCCGGCAAAUACUGGGUAUCCUGCCCCUACCACAAACGCAACUACGAUUUGAACGGUGAACAAGCUGGUCGAUGCUCCAAUGACGAGACCAUGAACAUUGCUACUUUCCCUGCCGAAGAGCGGGAAGAUGGUUGGGUCUAUCUCAAAUUACCGUCUACAGAAGAACUAGAUUCUGUCCUUGGGACGGAGAAAUGGAAGAUUAAGAGUACUGAAUCUGAGGAUCCGUUUGAGAAAGUGGAUAAGAAGUACAAGGGUACGAGGGGGAAAAAGAUUGGUGAUGUCCAUGUUGCCGUUAAGGAGGUUUCUCCUUGUGGCGGUGGUAAUAGUAUCGAUUGGUGA